AUGAAAUUUCUUGCCACUGCCUUUGUUCUUUUAGCCGCCGUUGCCAUGCUUGUUCAAGCAUCACCAAUGUUAGGACCACCGGGACGACAUGUUUUUCCUGUUAUACCUCAUGAUCCAGAAGUUUCACCUCCAUUUGAAAAAUUCUUGCAAGAUCACACUACAGCUGUUAAAAAAUUAAAUGGUACAAUAAAGGCAUUGAAAAAAGGACUUGAAAAGCAUGAAAAGAAAAUAUUUGAAACAUCCAUAAACGAUAUUUACGGUGCUGCAUAUAAUGUGGAAAAAGUUGCUAAGGAAUUCGUGGAUAAGGUUAACCGUGAUUAUAAAGUCGAGCCAAUUUAUAGAGUCCAGCCAAUAGAAAAUUAA